CAAAAGAUCAGGCAAAGUUGACUUAAUUAUUAAGAAUUCUUAAAAUUAAGUUAACGCUGUUGGUAAGUUGGCGUUUUUUUUUUUAAAAACAAACAACCUAAAACGUACGAAAAUGAUUCUGGAAAGGGUUUGCAACUUAUAUACCUAGGUAAUUGUUAAAAAAAAUGUUUAGUACUGUAGAUUAUUAACAUAGUAGAGCAAGAGAGGUAGAAGCUUUAUCUUGGUUUUGGAAAAUCAAACUUCCGGCAAUAACAAUGGCGGACACUUAAAACGUAUCGAUGUCUUGUCGUAUUUUCAUGUGUCCAGUCUGCUGAGGAAGGCCCUUAGCCGGAGCGUUCUUCUCUUAUUGUUCUGUCUUUCUAUUUCAAGCUUCCAGAUACCUUGCUCUACUGUUUCCUUCACACAGCUUGAUAGCAAUCCUCCAUUUCUUAAAGAUUUCAAAGGGGUUUAAGUUAAGUUUCCAGCACCUGGGGCAAGUCAUGUACUGCGCCACUUAUUUCAUGGACAGGUCACUGAGUCAGUAAAAUGAAUGUACCCAAAGCAGAUCUGUACAGUUUGACCAGACGAGUAGUUAAAUGUAUGCCCCCCCCCCCACCUUUUCCACGCAGAUCUAUUCACUUUUACCAGACGAGUUGUGAAAUUUAGGCCCCCCCCCCUUUUCCACGCAUAUCUAUUCACUUUUACCAGACGAGUAGUGAAAUGUAUGCCCCCCCCCCCAAGCAGUUCUAUGCAGUUUGCGGAAAGCACUGAUGCAUUAAUUUUAACGUCAUUAUUUUGUGUGUACUCCUUUCUUUUAUUUUUCUUUAAAUGUUUGCACACCUUAAAAAUUCUGCGCACGAAAAAAAAUCACUUGUCUGGUCACACUCAGCUAGGAAAGUGUGUUUACAAGCCAGUAGAUUAGUAAAGAUUUACAUUAGACAUAAAAUUUAAGAUUAGCAUGGCUUCCGUCUCUUCAAGAAGUUAUAGUUUUAGAAAAAGGACAAGAAUUAUUAUCUAUAAAUAUAACUCAUUCAGGUUCACUGAUUAACCAAAUAAUAGACUAAAAUAACCUUGAGAGAAAAAAAAAUAUCUAUUAAAAUAACUCAUUAAGGUUCAAUAACCAGUCAAAAAAUAUAUUAAAAUAACUUCGUUCAAAAAUAAAAUCCACAAUAAUAACUCGUUAAGGUUUCAAUUAUCAACCUAAUAAUAUAUUAUAAUAAUCUUGAGUGACAUUCAUAUCCUGCACUUGAAGAUUGGUUGUUUGAAAACUAAAUUGGUCUUAUUCUGAAAUGAAAAUAGAAACUCACCGAUGAUACAGGUUGAUACAGGUACCACAGAGACUCGACCAGACAAAGUGGAAACCAUGUUUCUUUUGUAUAGAUCUAAGCACGUGGCCUUGAUUGUUCAGAUGAUAACUCUUGCGCAUGCGCAUUUGUGCAUUGAGGACCCUCCUCAGCGAUUGGCCAGUAAGUAUUUGUUGUUGCUUUUUUUUUUAUUAUUGUAAACAAUUUAAUAAUGGGAUGUUGUUUACAAAUGGCUUAAAAACUGUAACAAAAAUUACAUAGCGAAAUAAAUAAUAAAUAUGUAAAAAAAAUGUAAUUUUAUGUUUAAAAAAUUGAAUUACAAUAAAUCAAUGGCAAUAAACUAAAUUUGUGUUCCUUAAAAAAAAAUACAACAAAAUAAUCGUCUAUUUUAUACAAAUAAUAAAGAAAUAAACAUUUUACUCAAUAAUUCGUAAAAAAAUAUUAACUAACUCGAUUACUGUAAACCUUUUUGUUGCUGUUCACCGUUGUAAGAAAAAAUCUCAAAGCUCACUGGUGUAGCCGGUAACAUUGUACCUCUGCCCUCCUUACAGCAAAUCUACUAUCCUCACCUAUGCAUUUGUCAAAAACGCUCAAACCCUUACAUCCUUGCUCUACUUACACACACCCUGUCCUAAUACGCAAACAAAACUCUUACUCUCCCCUAAACUACGUACACACCCCUGUCCCACACAAACAAACUCUGACAAACCCUCUCCUCUUUGCACACGCAAACCCUUACAAUCUCCUGGCUUGUCAUUUGGUUGAACAUUGUCACAUCUCCCCUUUGACCAUUGUCCUGCAGCUGGUAACCGUACGACGGUGGACUGCUUCCAGAACUCUAACCCUCCCUGCGGCAAAGACUUCCCACAGAAUGCGAGCACAAACCCUAAAGCCAUCAAGUACGUUACUGAGAACCGUAUUUGUUGCCUGUCUAUUUCUCUCAAUAUUUUUCUCUACCGCUAUCGGAUGUUUCGUUUGAAAUAUUCCCUUAUUUAUAUCACUAAUUAAAAAAAAAUUUUUUUUAAAAAAUAUUAUCAAUUACUUCGUGAUGUCUUUUUAGACCCUCGUCAGGGGAAAAAAAAGUAAUCAAUAACAUUUUGUUUCUCCUAAUUUUUGCUCAUUUGUAAUCCAUAAUGUACCAUUUGCCAGACCAGGCAGUCUCUACGGCGUCCACCUCCACAUGCCCACGCGCCACUACGACCCGGAGAAACCUGUAAGUAGGUUAGGAAUUGUAAGGACCUUACGUGUAAGCAAUGUCAAAACACGAAUUGAACGACGUGACAUAGAGGUAAUGACAAUAUCAAUUGUAAGGACAUUACGUGCAAGCAAAGUCAAAACACGAAUUGAACGACGUGACAUAUUGGUAAUGACAAUAUGAAUUGUAAGGACCUUACGUGUAAGCUAUGUCAAAACACGAAUCAAACGACGUGACAUGGAGGUAAUAACAAUAUGAAUUGUAAGAUCUUACACUCGUCGGCAACAAAUACCCUUGACAUUUUGAAAAAAAAAAUUUCCUUUACUAUGUCGCUCACAUUAUGUUACAGGGAAGCUAUGUGGUAAGCAUUCAGAAGGUAGGCGACCCGGAGUUCAAAACCCUUGGACAGUGGCGGGAUGGAACGGAGGAGUUCAAGAUAUUGACCGUGAAACUCCCCGAUGUGUGA